CGUACUAAUGCAUCGUACAGAAAACUAGGCAUGCUGUGGCGUAUGUACGUAUGUAUAGUACUUUGCAGUUAAAAAAUUACAAAAACAUUGACAUUAAUCGAUGCAUUUCGGGGUGGUGUGUGAUUUAGCGUGGCUGCAGCUGAGCGUGUUGAGCGUGUGCCUGGGAUGCCUGCCGCCGCCGCUUUCCCUUCCACGGCCGCAGCCCAGCGAGCCGCCGGCGUGCAGCCUGGAGGACAUGAUCACAGACGCCAUGCGGACGAGACAGGACGACCGCCUGACUCUGCCGCUGGCACCGGAUGAGCGCCUCCAGCAGGGGGAACUGCGGCGCCCCCGCCUGGGCGAGGACGCGGCGUUCAGCUGCGAGGCGCCGCCCGGGGGCGAUUGGCGCUCGCUGACCUGGCUGCACCGCGGACGCACCGUCUUCGAAGGAGGCCACGCCCCGCCGGAGGACCCUGCGCAGCGCUACAAUGUCAGCCGCGUGGGUGACCGCCGCCUGCAGCUGGUGGUCUUCAACGUCACCGCCUACUCGGGCGGGCCGCUCCUCUGCGUGGAUGCCACGCCCACCCCGCGCUACACCGGCCAGCCACGCUUUAUCAUUCUGCGCCGCUUCACGCUCCUCCCACAGAUUACCCGCGCCAGCGAGGUCUUCGAGCCGCUGCUGCCGACGCCCCCCGUGACCAGCGUGGGCGUCCCCAUCAUCAUCCCCUGCCGCGUCCGCUUGCCGAUCCCGGAAGCCAUUCUGCGCAACCAAGAGAACCACUAUUUCUGGCGCUACAAGGGCCGCAUCCUCCGCCCGCUCACGGAGCUGCCGUACGGCGCGCUGCCUCCUUCCGAAGAGGUCUUGAGGGGAAUUUUUUUUAACCGGAAACCAACCAUAUCCCCCAAUCUUCCCGGACAGUUUCUGGACUAUACACUGGAACUGACCGAUCGGCAAGCCAGCGCUGGCGCCGAGCUGCAGUGCUUCUUCCGGCCGCAUGAAGGCGCCCAUGAGUGGGUCUUCCAGACCACUACAAUCACUGUUCUCAGCGAAUAAUUACGCUAACAUAUAAAGUUAGUACAUCGAUUCUAUCAAGCCUGCUGUCGGCACAAAUUAUUUUAAUUUAAACAUGGAAAAAAACAUCUGUAUUGUCAGUCGUUCUGUGUUGAUUUUGCGUUGGCUGAAUGUAAACGGCGGCACUAAUUUGGAAACAUGUGAGACGACAUUAUUUUCACGUAUUGGUUAAGUUCUGUGCCCACGGGUCCGCGAAACAGCGCAAUGAUU